GCAGAGCUCCGAGUUUGCCGUGAGCCAGCCGACAUUUGAAGAUGAACUACAGCACAGCAACAUGGCCUGCUUGAAUCUUCAGGUGCUGAUGACAUUGUCUCUACUUUCUAUGUCCUCUAUCAACACAUGCUUUAGUAUGGGGCAUGCUGGCACCUGUCGGCCUUUCUGCAUUGGGAGCGACUGCUUGGUUAUCAGCCAAGACAAACUGGAUUUUACAACAGCUGAAGAAAGAUGUCAAGCCAGGAGAGGAGAGCUGAUGACACUUCAGUCAGCAGAAGAUAAGAGAUUGCUUGAUAUCGUGAAACAAGAACUAGAUGGAAACUUCUGGCUUGGACUCUAUUUACCAACUCAUGCCUGCAGCAACCUCUCAGUUCAUAUGAGAGGCUAUGAGUGGACCUCCGGCAAAGGGCACAGAGACUUUGUUCCCUCUUACAUCGCCUGGAAAGAUGACAUUAGAGUCUGUUCUCCUAGCUGUGUCUCACUUUCAAAUGAGCAAAAGCUCAGAGAGUGGUCAUGCUCAGAUAAAAUUGACGGAUUCCUGUGCAGAACCUUCCACAAAGAUGCAUGCCGGGCACAAGAAUUAUCGGAUGUAACAUUUUUUCGGAGUUUGAAGGGAUGCUCAGAUAGUCCAUGUGAGCAAAAGUGCACUCCCGUAAAAGACGGCUUCAAAUGCUCUUGUUUCACAGGAUAUGCACCGGACAGCAAGGAUCCUAGGAGGUGCAAACUCCACUGUGCAAAGGAGAGAUGCCCCGCCAACUGUGAGAGAAACACAAACAGUGCUUGCUUCUGUCCUGAAGGCUUCAUCAUAAAUGACAAAUUCUGCGACGACAUAAAUGAGUGCUUGAUGGGCGAAUGUGAUCAAGAGUGUAAAAACACAUUUGGAAGUUUUGUCUGCGCCUGUCAAGAAGGUUAUGUACUAAGACAUGAGGUAACUGCAGCCUAUCCCAGCUGACUUUAGGCGAGAACUUGGGUAAACCCUGGACUGGUCGACAGCAGGUCAAACAUAUCGACAAUAGAACAUUCACACUACAUUUACACCUUCAAUUAAAUUAAAAGCAUGUUUUUGGAAUAUGGAAGGAAACCAGUAAGCUCCACAAAAAGAUGUUUCAAACACAGAACUCUUAAAUUUGAAGCACACAUGUAACCACAAUUUCACCAUGCUACCACAUUGACAGAUGUAAUCAGUACAGUAUUUGUGUUGUAUGUUUAGUGGUAAAAAUAUUUCAUUUGAGGAGAUUUUGAAAGUAAAUUGUCAUUUUAUUAAUUUACUAUGAUUGGGAAUGUAUGCAUUAUACACUCUUGUAGUAGGUCUGUGGGAACACUGCUUCUGCUCCAAAGUAUUAAAGCUGCUACAUUUCUGUUAAAUCAAUUUGAAAUGUCACUAUUGUCUUCAGAGUGGGAGACACAUUGUUAUUACAGACUAGUGAGUGAUGUAAGACUGUCAUUACUUAAGAUGGGAACCAUUGGGCCUCAUUCACUAAUAAAUGCAUCCAAAUCUUCUUACACUGUACACAAUUUGAGUGUAUACGAAAGAUAAUACGCAAUCUGCAUAACCGCGCCCCUCUUUUUCUGUAAAAGGUGAGCCAAUGCACACACGAGAUUAAAAAAAAGAGAGAGAGAUGUCUCCAAAACAUAGAUUAAUUUCUUCAUCUUUAUCCCAUUUUCAAAAAGUUGGUAUCAUUGGAAAUCUUGCGAAACACGCAGAAACCGAAGACAUAUCAUAAUCAUGUUAAUCAUUUUUAAUUAAUUGUGAAUUUAAAUUAGAGAAUGUGGCACAAAAUAUGAUAAAAAUAACUAUUAAGAGCUGAGAAUGAACAAAAACACAGCAUACAUUGUACAAAUACAUAGUAGUCAGGAAUAAAUAUAGCACAGCAAAGAGGCAUUUGCAGUUCAUAAAAUUCAAAACCAAAAAUAUGAGCCAUAUUCCGCAUGCAGUACGCCACAAUUCAACCACGCCAACGGUGAUGUUUGUGCAAAUCACGGAAAAAUAUAUCAAGCAGAUUAUCGUAGAGAUGAGAAAGAAUACUGAAUCCUUAUCCAAAUUAGCUGUAUGCUAGCAUUUACUGCUCGUUGAGUGACAACGCCGUAGCUGCAGCGGGCACUUGAACAGAAUGAGGGGAAAAGUCAAAAAACAAGGUUCAAAGUACAGAAAGCCGGGGAAAAGAAAACAUUCACCACUAUAAACUACUGGGAAACAUGAUGUGACGUAAGAUGACAGCAACAACAAUAAACCGACUCAGACUCUAAGAAAGCAGAUAACUAAAUGAGAACACAUUGACAAGACAAUGAGACACACCUAGACAGGACACGCGUGGCUGGUGGGAGCUGAUUGGUUGACACAAGGAAGAGGGCUGACAACAACAGGUGGUGAGACAACCAAACGAGGGAACAUGGGACACAAGAAAACAAGAUGUACGUAACGUGAAACAAAACUAACGCAAAGUCCACACAAACAAUGAUCGUGACAGUAUGACACCACACAAAUGUUUACCGAGUGGAACUAAUUGAUUCUCCUUUUUGCUUGGGAUGUUUCAUUUCCUUUCCUUUCCUAUCCGAGCGAGAUUACUGGGAAGUGCUUGGAGGAAAUGUUCCAAUUCUAAAAUUGUUUUGGAAAUUCACUUUGGUGUCAAAUUACAUACUAUCGUACUGUCAAAUUAAAUUUUUUGUCAUGUUAAAGAGCAUUGACUGUUAAUUUGCCUGCGAGGUAUGACAAUUAUUAAAAAGGUGCUGUUAGAUACUGUUGUAAUUUAUAGCUAGUCAUUAAAAAUGUUGUUUCAUUUAA